CUUUUCCGUAAUUAAAAUCCUUAUCUUCUGCGGAAGAUGUAAAAUCCUCCAAAAUUCCAAAAAGCGCAUUGGACUUAUAGUCAAGCUGGGUCUCUCUCUCUCUCUCGAUCAUCACGUCUCUUCAGGUUCGCCGAUCGCCGCCGCAGUCCCAAUCGUUUAAGCAGUAGAGGAGUUUAAUUGAGAGCGCAAUGGAUCGAGCAAGGAGGGCAAAGGAGUUGGUAGCAAACAAGAACAGCAUGAUAUACAUGGACCUCAAGGAUAUAGUCAAGGAUCAUGCUCUCCCAUUCCUCCCCGCCAAAUCACUGUUCAGGUUCAAUGGGGUUUGUAAGGACUGGAAGACCCAGAUCAGAUCUCCUUUCUUUGCCCACAAGCAGUCAACUAGCUUUUCUGAUGUCUCGGGCUUCUUUCUUGUUUCCGCAUCAACCGUACCUUCAUUUAUCUCUAUUGAUUCCAUGGCCUAUGGUGUUCCAGACCCGUCGCUGAAGUUUUUACCUGAGCCAGUUGACAUAAGGGCUUCUUCCAAUGGACUACUUUGCUGCCAGGGACGUGAAGGCUAUAAGGCUUACUACAUCUGCAAUCCGGUUACUAAGCAGUGGAAAAAACUUCCUAAACCAAAUGCUGACCAUGGAUCUGACCCUGCUCUAGUUCUCAUCUUUGAGCCGUCUUUGCUCAGUUUUGUGGCCGAGUACAAGCUGGUCUGUGCUUUCCCAUCACAGGAUUUUGAGAAUGGACAUGAAUUUGAGAUCUAUUCCUCCAAGGAGGGGUCUUGGAGAAUUUCUGGUGAGAUUUUCUAUGGCGGUGGAUCUGUUGUGCCAAGAUCUGGUGUUUAUGUGAAUGACAUAAUCUAUUGGUAUGCAUCAAGUGGUAGGAUUCUUGUUUUUGACCUGAAGAUGGAGAGGGCACAACUCCUUUAUGGCCAUGGUUAUUAUGAUUCAAUCUUGGGUGUGAUUGAUGGAAAGCUAUGUUCGGCCAAGGCUCAGGGUACUGGAGUAACCAUAAGUGUGUUGUCUAAUGCUUACACAAACACAAUGCAGAUGCACAGCUCAGUCAAGGCAUGGGAAAGGAAACUUACAAUCAAUCUUACCCCUGCACCAGUACCUUCAACGGCUGGUAGUUCUACUGGUAGUUUAUUGUUUGCAAGUGGGAAUCUAGUAUUGUACCGGUGUGGCUCAAAACUCCAUUCGUACAACCUGCGGACUAAAGAGACUCUGUACAUAGGUGAUGAGCUUUACCAUGGGACAUUUGUUCCUCAUGUGAACAGCCUCGUGGAGAUUUAGUUGCUUCUUGAUGAUUCUAUUGUCCAAUUUUGCCAUUGUGCAAUCUGGAAGUUGUUAGUGUCCGUGGUGGUUAUGAUUUGAACUAAUUGCUUCAGUUUCUAGUUAUGCUUUUAUUUGUCCUGUGUUUGGCUAUCUAAAUGCCCAUGAGUUAGUAGUCAACUGCUUAUUUGGCAUUUUGAGGACCUGGUGCUUGAUAUAUUGUAUAUUGGGAUUCAGUUCACAGGAGUUUUUAAACCAGUAAUGUAGCUACGAUGGCUGUGGAUCUUUAAUAUUCUACUUUAAAUCUAACUGAACACA